CGUGUGGAUAAGACCGACCUGCACAUGACUUCACCACUCCCAAUCCCCACCCGCAGAGACACGUCGCUUUAAUUAGCGCUCAUCACCCCCCGCCACCCUCGCCUCCCAGUGUAACAAGUGUCCUUCCUCCUCCGGCGUCCUCCUCUGCCCUCCUCCAGUCCCACCACCCCCAACUCCUCCGGCUUCACUGCGGCGCGGGGCUUCGCUCCGGAUCGGCUCGAGCAGAAGAAAAUGCAACGGGCAGUGCAAGCCGUCAGGUCACAUGGCAGUGUGCUUAAAUACGCUGUUCUACAACACAUCAGCGCUCCCAAACCAGCAAUGCUUCCUGCUGUCUUUUCUCGUUUCAUGUCAGUUUCAUCUGCUCGCCUAGAGGAUAGUGGAUUUGAAACUGCCACUGUAUCAGAUGUCUUGAAGUCUAAAGGGAAGAGUGCUGAUGGAUCUUGGCUCUGGUGCACCACAGAGGAUACUGUCUAUGAUGCUGUCAAAUCGAUGACGCAGCACAACGUGGGAGCUUUGGUGGUUGUCAAACCUGGAGAGGCUAAAUCAAUUGCUGGCAUUGUCACUGAGAGAGAUUAUCUAAGGAAAAUCAUAGUGCAGGGAAGAUCUUCCAAGUCAACUAAGGUUGGCGACAUCAUGACCGAGGAGAACAAACUGAUCACAGUGAACCCCAACACCAAAGUCCUGCAAGCAAUGCAGCUGAUGACAGACAACCGCAUCAGACACAUCCCGGUGAUUGACGGCACAGGGAUGCUGGGGAUGGUCUCCAUCGGCGACGUCGUGCGCGCGGUGGUCGCCGAGCACAGGGAGGAGCUGAACCGGCUCAACGACUACAUCCAGGGAGGCUACUAGGACGACUGUCAUGUGCAGCGACGCAACCCCCAGUGAAGUCCGCCUUUGUGAAAUCCAAUAACAAGGAACAAUGAUGAUGACGAAAUAUGCUGUGUUUCCGUGGACAAUGCUGUUAAGUUGGCCAAGGUUUUCCUUUCUUUUUUUCCCCCGCGUGUUCUAUGUGUAUAUUGCCAAAGGCAUGCGUGAGCAAUGCGCCCGGUGCCGUGCUGGGGCGCAGAGACGAUCUGAAUAUCUGAUGGUGGAAACACCGGAAAUAAAAAGCGUGCCGCCGUGUGCUUCCUUUGAAGGAAUGAAAGAUGUUCGUGUUAUGAAUUGUUUAUUGUUGUAUGUACGUCGUCUGCUGGCUGCUGCUGCUGUUGGGGAGUCUGUAAAUGCGUCUGAUAUGGGUUUAUGCAGACUUUCAGAAUCAUAAUGUAUAUUGGUCACGCGAGCCAA